AGGCUAGACCCCCCUCAGGCCAAACCUCCCUCAGGCCAAACCUCCCUCAGACCAGACCCCACCUCAGGCCAGACCCACCUCAGGCCAAACCUCCCUCAGACCAGACCCCACCUCAGGCCAGACCCACCUCAGGCCAAACCUCCCUCAGGCCAAACCUCCCUCAGGCCAGACCCCCCCUCAGACCAGACUUAAAUGUGAUUAAUUUUUUUCUUGUUCCUUGUAACUGUUUCAGUAGUGUCUCUUAUGUAUGUCCAAGUAUUUUUUUUCCCCUACUCUUUACUGUGUAGUCACAAUAUGUGCUCCUUCCUUAGGUUUGGGUGUUUUCCCUCAUUCCUUGUUGAGUCUCCCCAGUGCUGUUAGGUAGUGUCAGGUUACUCUACCUUGAGGCCGUCUGUGCCUUCUUUACCUCUAAACCCACUACAAAUAGCCAAACUGCUUUGGUUGAAAUUUUCCAAAACGAAAAUUCAGCCCAACCUUGUACAGAUGUUCAGACGGAAUGAUUUAAGACCUCCGGUCUCUAGCAGAAUAGAUGCAAAUAUUGAGCAGCCUCUGCCUUUCGGGAGUUGUAGGAGGGUUUUCUUGUUCUAGGUGUUUUGUAAACUGCACUUCAGGGUACUUUAAUUUGCUGUGUUAAACAGAUUGGCAAAAUUUAACUCCUAUGCAUUUUUUAAAUGGCCGCGUUGGUGGAAAACCUUACAAAUGGGGGAUUAUCAAUCUGGCAGUGUGUUGAGUGCUUUGUGAAGGUGACUGAAGGAGAUGUACACUGCAUCCACAUUUGAGUGUAGAUUUACAGCAGUGGCCUUUGCUUUCCUUCUUCCCCUUUCCCUUCUCACGUUCAGCCUAAACCUCAUGGAUUUUUGAGGCGGCUUUGCCAUUGCCUUCCCUGGUGUCCGAUUUAAAAGCCCCGUGUCGAACCUGGCUUGCAAGGCUAAGAAUGAGUUUGGGUGUGUCUAAGGGGUCUUUUCAGUAGCAAGUGCUGGUGGACCCAGGCGCGGCCGCUUUGGGAGGAGUUCCAGUGGAGUGCUGCCCUCCCGUUUUGUUCCUUACAACCGAGCCUUUUGCAGCCUCGCUGGGGGUGUCCCUGGAGUCCGGCUGCCGCAGGUGGAGUUCUUCACAGAGCUGUCCCUAGGAGCUCCUUUCCUCGGAGUCUUGAUUCAAAAGGUGAAAUGUCAACAAAAGUGCCAAACGUUAAACUGAAAAUUGAUCCUCGGAAUCUGCAGAUCCAGACAUUUACAGUGGAGAAAUUACUGGAACCACUGAUAAUUCAGGUUACAACAUUAGUGAACUGUCCACAGAAUCCUUCCAGUAAGAAAAAGGGCCGUUCCAAAAGAGCUCGUGUCUUGCUUGCUUCUGUGGAAGAAGCCACUCGGAAUCUGUUGGACAAGGGAGAAAAAAUUGCCAAGGAAGCAGUUGUGUUUAAAGAGGAACUGCACGCAGCUCUCGCUGAUGUGCGGAAAGAGAGUCAGGCCCUGCAGGUGUCAGCAGAGGCGUUCACCAGUGAUCCCUGCUCCCUGCCCAGGAGGCAGGCUGUUGUCCCAGCCGCUCGCUCCCUGCUGGCUGCUGUCACCAGGCUCCUGGUUCUGGCCGACAUGGUGGACGUGGCCUAUCUGCUGCAGCACCUGACUGUGUUUCAAAGAACAUUUGAAUCUUUAAGAAAUGUAUCCAGUAAAUCUGAUCUACAGAAAACCUACCAAAAGUUUCAAAAAGAUCUGGAAAAUCUUGAUUACUUGGCAUACAAACGUCAGCAGGAUUUGAAAUCUAGCAAUCAGCGAGAUGAAAUUGCUGCAGCACGUGUAUCCCUGAAGGAAAAUUCUGCUUUCCUGCAUUCAAUAUGUUCAGCUUGUUUGGAGCAUUCAGAUGUUGCAUCCCUUACAGCCAGCAAGGAUUCAAUUUGCAAUGAAAUACAGAAUGCUCUCAAUGUAAUUUCUAAUGCUUCCCAAGGAGUUGGAAAUAAAGUGGAGGAACCUGCAUCUCGCACAGCUACUCUUGGAAGUGCACUUGAUGAGCUUGAGAAUUUGAUAGUCCUGGAUCCUCUGGUAGUGAACGAAGAGAAGGUGAGGCCGUCCCUGGAGCAGCGGCUGGAGGCGAUCAUCAGCGGGGCGGCGCUGCUGGCCGACUCCUCGUGCACGCGGGACUCGCACCGCGAGCGCAUCAUCGCCGAGUGCAGCGCCAUCCGCCAGGCCCUGCAGGAGCUGCUGGCCGAGUACCUGCGCUCCACUGACAAGGCAGAGAGAAGCAAUGCCCUGAAUGUUGCCAUAGAUGGUAUGUGCAAGAAGACCAGAGACCUCCGCAGACAGCUCCGGAAAGCCAUUAUAGAUCACAUCUCAGACUCCUUCUUGGACACCACUGUUCCACUGCUAGUUCUCAUUGAAGCUGCUAAAAAUGGAAGAGAGAAAGAAAUAAAGGAAUAUGCUGCUAUAUUUCGAGAACAUACCAACAGGCUUGUGGAGGUUGCCAAUCUUGCUUGUUCGUUGUCAACAAAUGAAGAUGGAACGAAAAUUGUCCAAAUGGCAGUGAAUCACAUCGAGACUUUGUGCCCACAGGUUAUUAAUGCUGCUUUAGCUCUUGCUGCCAGACCAAAAAGUCAAGUUGUGAAAAACAACAUGGAGAUGUAUAGGAGUACGUGGGAGAAUCACAUCCGUGUUCUUACUGAAGCUGUGGAUGACAUAACAAGUAUUGAUGAUUUCCUUGCUGUAUCAGAGAGCCACAUCCUGGAGGACGUGAACCGCUGCAUCGUGGCGCUGCGGGAGCAGGACGCCGAGGGCCUGGACCGCGCCGCGGGCGCCAUUCGCGGCCGCGCCGCCAGGGUGGCGCACGUCGUGGCGGGGGAGAUGGACAGCUACGAGCCAGGAGCGUACACCCAGCGGGUCAUGGGGCACGUGCAGCAUCUCUCCGGGGCUGUGAUUCCAGAGUUUAUUAGUCAAGUAAAUAUUGCAUUGGAGAGCUUAAGCAAGAACACAGUGCAUCUGUUUGAUGACAACCAGUUUGUUGACAUUUCCAAGAAGGUGUAUGAUACGAUUCACAGCAUCAGGUGCUCGGUCAUGAUGAUUCGGACGCCCGAGGAGCUGGAGGAUGUGUCCGACCUUGAGGAGGAGCACGACGCACGCAGCCGGACCAGCGUCCAGACCGAGGGCAAGACUGACCGGGCCAAGAUGACUCAGCUGCCAGAAGCUGAAAAGGAAAAGAUAGCUGAGCAAGUGGCUGACUUCAAAAAAGUCAAGAGUAAGCUUGAUGCAGAGAUUGAGAUCUGGGAUGAUACCAGCAAUGACAUAAUUGUUCUGGCCAAGAGGAUGUGUGUGAUUAUGAUGGAGAUGACUGACUUCACAAGGGGAAGAGGCCCACUGAAGCACACGUCCGAUGUCAUCAACGCCGCCAAGGUGAUCUCGGAGUCGGGCUCGCGCAUGGACGUCCUGGCGCGGCUCAUCGCUGACCAGUGCCCAGACCAGUCGUGCAAACAGGAUUUACUAGCUUACCUAGAACAGAUCAAGCUCUACUCCCAUCAGCUCAAGAUCUGCAGCCAGGUUAAAGCAGAAAUCCAGAAUCUCGGUGGAGAGCUCAUCAUGUCUGCACUGGACAGCGUCACUUCACUAAUUCAGGCCGCCAAAAACCUAAUGAAUUCUGUGGUGCAGACAGUGAAGAUGUCCUAUAUUGCAUCCACAAAGAUUAUCAAGAUUCAGAGUCCUACUGGCCCACGACAUCCAGUUGUGAUGUGGAGAAUGAAGGCUCCAGAGAAGAAGCCCCUGAUUAAAAGAGAGAAGCCAGAAGAAAUCUAUGCUGCUGUGAGAAAAGGUUCUGCAAAGAAGAGAAUCCAUCCUGUGCAAGUCAUGAGUGAAUUCAGAGGCAGAGAAAUAGUCUGAUAUUUUGCCACUAUGUUUUCCUAUCUUGAAUUUCCCAUGAUUUUUCAUCUUUUCCCCCACUUACUUAAUAAUUAUAUAUGUCAACGUUUUGCUCUAAAUCUGUAAGAUAACACUUGCUUAAAUUAUUUGAAAAUGCUGUUGGAUUAGUUAGAAGCACCCAGCUGAAAAUAAUACCGAUUCUCCUGCCGUGACAAGCUCUGGUGUCUCUGCCUAAUUUCUGUCUAAUUUCUAGGCAGCUGGGCCCAUGCUGCAGUGGGGAGGGAACAAUGUGCCAAGUGUCCAAGCCAGCCUGCAGUCACCAGGCCUUCGGAGCUCCCUCAGCAGGGCUGGGAGAGGCCCCACUGCAGUGCCUCUGUUUUGUGACACACGGGAUUUCUAACUGGUGCUGUUGGGCAUUGUCACCCUGUGACCAGGUCAGCUGGGCUGCCCAGCUGAGCCCGGAGUCUGAGCCCUAAACCUGGGUCCAGACUGCAGCAUCCAAAGACUUGUCCUUGGCCAAGACCAUGCCUUGCAGAUGUAAGCUUGAAAAUGUUAGAUGAAACUCCCAAAGUGUUGGAACAACGUGGAUGUAAUGAUGUAGUAAAGAAAGCACUGACUGCAAGCCAGCAGGGGUGACAGCUCUUUAGAUGGCCUUCAGAAAUAUGAACAGGAAUCUCUUCUGCUCCCUGCUCUCUUCUGUGAGCCCCAAUAAAUCUGCUGGCUGUUGUAUUUAGCAGUUCAGAUAAAUCAGACAUUAACUAGAAAAAACUUUCCUGCACAAAAGAAGAACUUUGAAAUAAAUCAUUAUUCUGAGA